AUGGAUAUUAACCAAGCACUUCAACUUAUUACAAAAAAAAUCACAUCACAUGAAAUUUUGAUGAAGGAAGUUAUAAUGGAACUAACACAUAUAUCAACACAAUUAGAUGCAGUCAAUUAUCUUACACAGCCAACUGUUCGUGAGCCAAUCAAAAAGAUAUUGAUGGAACAAUUUAGUCUUAAUGAUGAAAUAGUUACCCAAUAUUCAAAGCAAUUCAACCAAAUUAUUCCUGAGCAAGCAAUUCAUUUCGAUGACGUGGCACAAUUUGAGUCAUAUGUAAUUGUUAUGAUAAAUAAUCAAAACAAUCCAUACUUAGAGAAACUCGUUGAAUUAGUUGACCCGUCAUCAUUUAAAUACAUUGAUGUAUUAAAGAAAUACUGUUAUGACAAAAUAUUAAUGAAACAAAAUAAAGACCUUAGCAAUAAGAAUGAUAAGUUAGUAGCUAAAAUUGCUGUCAUAGAGUCAUUAUUAAAAGACGCUAACUCUGAAAUUAAGACUCUUCAAACAGAAAAUAAUUCACUCAAAUGUUCUCUUCAAAAUUUAGAAAAUAAAAUAUCUGAUUUAUCAAGAACUCCUACUUCUGUAAAGAAAGUUUUAACAGAAAACCAACAACUAGGUUAUAAUGAAAGUAAAACACCUCAAAAUAAUGUUAAUAAUAGUAUGGAUGUUUUUAGUACAUUUUUCAAGAAACCUAUGUUACAAAAAUAUUCUACUAAAAGUAGUAGUUCUAGUGAUGAAGAAACUGAUCAAAUGACUUUGGACGGAAGAUCUGUUUCUUUAGGAUUUUCAUUUCCAAGUUUACCUAUGGAAGAGACAAUAAAAAUGAAAAUUGAUGAUAUUGUAGAACAGGUCAUGAGUGAUUUGGUUAAAUUAGCUGGAUGUAAGCAAGGAGCAAUGGUUAUGGCUGUUAAGAAAAGUAAGACAUUGACUGAUGUGUUUAAUGCAACUAAAGGGUGUCAAAAAUUUAUGAUGAUAUAUCAAUUGAAUAGUGGUGAAUUAUUUGGUACUUAUCAUUCAGUUCAUCCAAAUACACUUGGUGUUGCAGUUCAAGACAAACAUAUGUUUGCUUUUACAAUAUCAAACCCAUUCAAUGUUCCAACACAAAAAUACAAUUGGUUAAGACCUGAUGAAGACGCAUUUAAAAUAAGUGAAACAGAAGUAUUUAUUGGAGGGUUAGGUGUAUUUACUGAUAAGCGAAAUGGGUACAUUUAUGAUGAAAACGAACCAGUUGAUUUGUAUUAUUCAGACAUGCCAAUUCAGGCAAGAAAAAUAUUUUCUACUCGUUUAGCUCCAAAGAAAUUCACUUGGAAAGAAAUGGUUGUAGUAAAAUUGGUAUAA